AUGGGCGGCGACCUCAACCUCAAGAAAUCAUGGCACCCCAACCUCCUCACCAACCAGCGGCGCGUGUGGGAAGAAGAAAAGAAAGCGCUCGACGAGCGGCGGCGCGUGGAGCAAAUGCUGCGCGAGCGCGCCGAAGAGCGCGCCAUCCAGGAGCUGCAGCAGAUGCAGGAGGCGGCCGGCGGCACCAAGCGCGUCAACCGCGUCGACUGGAUGUACAGCGGCCCCGCGGCCGGCCAGGCGGGCACGACGGAGGAGAUGGAGGGAUACCUGCUGGGCAAGAGGCGCAUUGAUGGGCUGUUGAAGCGGGAGGAGGAGACCAAGAAGCUGGAGAAGGGCGCGGAGGUGCAGGGGUUUGCGGCUGUGCAGAGCGCGAAUCCGGGGAGGGAUACGACGAAGAAGGUUCUUGAGGAUCCGAUGCUCGCGAUCAAGAGGCAGGAGCAGGCGGCGCUGGAGUCGAUGAUGACGGAUCCGGUUCGCAGGCGCCAGCUGUUGAAGGCGGCAGGUGGGGAUGUUGCGAGCGAGCGGAAGAGCAAGAAGCGCCGCCAUGGUGAUGAUGAGGAUGGCCACCGCAGCAAGCACAGGAGGAGACACGAAGACAGGGACGACAGACAUCAUAGACACCGCUCGCAUCGCAAGAGGUCGCCUUCAAGUUCGAGGUCGAGAUCGCGCUCUCCGUACCGGCGAAGGAACGAGGAAGAGGAAAGACGUGCGAGGAGGCCGGAGACAUCACGACGUCGCAGCCCUUCGCGAUCAAGGUCGAGAUCACGAUCCCGCUCCCGGUCACCCUACCGGGAACGCUCCCGACGAGAUGGAGCUCAUGAGCCCAAGCAGCACCACAGGCGCUCCUACCCUGCUCCUCGCUCACCGUCUCGCUCCCGAUCCCGCUCGCCAGACAGGAGGCGGAGCGGGCCAGGCCGGUACUCGCGGAGCGCACCCUCCCCCCAAAGACGAGCUGCGGAUGAUGCGGAUGAGAGGGCGAGAAAACUUGCAGCUAUGCAGGCGGACGCUGCGGCGCUGGAGGAUGAUCGGCAACAGCGCAUAGCGCAGGCCUCUGCCAGAGAGGAGCAACAGCGCCAGCAAGACGAGAAGCAGCGGUCAGAGCGAGGGCGGUUUGUUUCAGGGUUGCACCGGAAAGCGGAGAGUACGCUUGAUUUGGGAGAGAGGCUCAGGCGGUCACGUGGGGGUUUGCAGAGGCAGCAGGUGGACUAG